AUGACGAAAGCAGUUGCCGGGCUAAAGUUGAGCAACAGCCCGGGCACGGCGGUGCAGAACACGCUUCGCGCCCUGCAAUGCCGAGACGCUUACAAGUUAUACCAGUGUGAAGAAUUGGAGCGUCGGGCAGGCAUAGAUCGCGAGCGUGUGCACCAGGUUGCUAAGAAUUGGCUGGCAUCAGGAAACUUAAUCGUUGGAAGAUAUAAUGCUUACGUCAAGUCCCGCAAGAUUGGCAAUAAGCUCGAUUUGAACAAAGUGAUUUCUGAUAUCAGCAAGCCGUGCUGGAAGAGAGACUCAGAGCACACGUGCCUAGAUGCAUUCAGGCAUCAUCCUGAAGCAAUGCUGCAAUGGCGGCAGAUGUGGUAUAAUCUACCCAAACACGACCGGGCGCAGCGUCUAGCCGCUGAGUACGCACAAGCAUUUGAGGCACACACGGCUAGACGCAUGGGCGACUCCACGUGCUUCCAAAUGCAGUACCGCAUCUUCGGCCGCAAGGUAUGUAGAGACGCAUUCAUCGCUCUGACUGGCAUGCACGCGUGCACGUUGCAAGACGCCCGUAACCUUGCAGCCAAGGAUCAGUGCGUGAAGGACUUGCUGUUGCGAAAACUUGGGCAGCAUUAUGAGUUCCAAGCUGCGCAGAGGAUGGCAAUGAAUCAACUGUUUGCAGAAAGCGAGCGGCACCCCGAAGAGCUAGUGACAGUUGGUUGGGACAAGAUGGAUCAGGCUAAAACUAUUCUGCCGAGGGUGAAAGCGCUGUCCAACACGCAGUUCCAGAAGGGCGGGUCCAGGUUGAUCGCGCAUCUCAUUGGGGUGCUCAGCCCUACCCUGUGGGACAAUCCUGUAUUCUAUACUGUGUUUGAAAACCAAGUCCAGGGUGGUCAACCGCUCGAGGAGAAGAUCAACCUCGUGCGCAAGAACGCGAAGCGCGGCAUGGGCCAGGCCUCGCAGUUGGUGAAGGGCGUGGAUACUGAUGCACUGGACAAGGCUAUUGCGGCUGCCUUCCCUGGAUCAUCCGCAGGUGGCUGGCUUUCCAUAAAUGCGAUGUCUUAA